GCAGACGUCAAAGCGCAUUCAUCAUAUCCCAGCAUGCAGCAGGAGGCCGUCGAGAGAUCCAGCAGCUGGUAGUGAGUUGCUAGAGCGCCCAGCAGGCAGCAACCAACGGUCAACACAGCACACACAUUUCCCACUCGAUGAGAGUAAAACUGAGCCGUCUACCUUACAGGCGACAGAAAAACAUGCUGUUCGGACGCCUGUCGUGUUACCGCAGCGGCUUUUGAGUCAUCAUUGUCACCCGGUUUUCAUUUUGGAGGAUUCCUCCCUCCAUCCUCCGGAUCGCACCGAACAGGCAAUGACAACGGUCUCAGCAACCCCGCAGCAUUUGAGGGACCGGCUGCUGCAGGCCAUCGACACCAACAGCAAUAUAAGCAAUAUGGUGGCUGUAUUGGAGGUAAUUUCCUGUCUUGAAAAAUAUCCUAUCACCAAAGAAGCACUUGAGGAAACUCGACUAGGAAAAUUGAUCAAUGAUGUGAGGAAGAAGACCAAGAAUGAAGACCUUGCGAAGCGUGCUAAAAAACUCUUAAGGGCCUGGCAAAAGCUGAUCGAACCUGGGCCAGCUGUGGCUGCCAGUGCCCCUGGGUCUACCAAUGGCAGUUCUCAUCCCUGCAGAACGGAUGCCUCCCCUCUUGACAUUUCAGUGUCAGGGAAGGGUGUCCCUGAAGUCAAAAUCCGAAAUGAUGUUCACAACACAUACUCGCCAAAAGCUGAGAAAUCAAGCAGCCGCAAACGCCGAGCAGAGCACAGAGACAGUGGGGUGCACUUGCCAGAAAAAAUCUCCAAGAUGUCUUCGUUUGAUAACUCUGUUUCCCCACCACUCACCAAUGGGAUUACAGGCAGUCCUGAUGCCCUGCCUGACCAGCAAGUCGUCCCGUCUCCUGACAGAUCCCGGAUAGAGCACCUUGAUAAUGAUAAAAUCAACAGAAUUCCGGUUAAUGCUGUCAAGCCUCGCCCCAGCUCCCCUGGAGUUGCCAAACUACCUAGCACUUCCUCUAUGAUCAAGGUUGCUGUGAUGCAGCAACAGGCCAGAUUGGAUGAAGGAGGUGGAGGAGCAGGGUUUUAUCAAGCCAAAAGUCCUCGUGGCCUCACCACCAGUCCAAGGAGCCUGAAGCAAGACACAGUGACCAAGCGCUCUUCAGCAUAUGCACCUAAAGGAACACCUAUCCCAAGCCCUUCCUCUAGGGACUCUACCUUUUCUUUGGCCCAGCCUGUAUCCUCCCCAGCUCAAGCAUCUUACGCUGACAAGCUGCCACAUUCUUCUCAUAGGUCUUCAAUGCACUGGGUCAGUUCGUCAGAAGUCCCCUCUCGCCGCAUUCUGGGGCAUCGCACAAGAAUCUAUCAUUCACUUCAUCUGUUGUGCCUUUGUCGGGAGAUGACACGCAAGGAGCAUACGACAACUGCAGUAGGUAGUAAAAGAGACAGGUCAAGAGACUACUCUGUCAACCUAGAUGGCCAGAAAAUAGAGGACACGACUAAACCUGUACGGUUAAAAGAACGCAGAUUAACAUUUGACCCUGUCACAGGUCAGAUUAAACACCUGGUACAUAAAGAACCUUCUCAAACAGAGGAAGCCCCCACUCCUGACCCUGCUGAGUCUAGGCAGAGAACUGAAAGCACUGUACAACAGCCCGCUGUCCCUACCCCAGUCCCAGUCCUGGCCCCAACCCCGGCCCCAGCCCCAGUCCCCGGCCCCAGCCCUAACCCUUUCUAUCAAACAAACUGGAAGGAGCUGUCCAGAAAUGAAAUCAUCCAGUCCUACUUGAACCUUCAGAGUAAUGUGCUCACCUCCUCUGGUGUCCAGGCCCCUAGUGCACACUUCUUCAUGUCAGAGUAUCUGAAAAGAGAAGAACAGGAGAUCAAGGACUCACGGAAGAGACACGUUCUGCAGAAGGAUAGCUCAGUAGGGGAUUUACCGGGCUUGAGCCGGGAGGUGACAGACGGGGACCUGAACAGGGUACACACACAGCACUGGCCAGGGGUCAACGGUUGUUAUGACACAGAGGGCACCUGGUAUGAUUGGACAGAGUGCAUAUCAUUGGACCCUCAUGGGGAUGAAAGCAAAUUGAACAUCCUGCCAUAUAUUUGCCUAGACUGAGGGGUUUGGGAAGGUUGCUGUCCUUUUCCACUCCUUUCUUCGUCUCCCCACAGAGACGAGAUACUUUUGUGAUUUUGUUUGUCCACUGUGAGUUCGGCAAAAGCCAGGCCUGCUAAACUCCCUCCCCCCCCCCC